AUGAUCAAAAGUAACUCGAGACACAUUUCGCCAUGCUAUAUCGACGAGGCAGAGACUAUAUACACUUCCGAUAUAUACGAAUUCUGUGCCCAUUGCGAACAAUGCAUAUCAGAAUGCUGUUGCGAUGAAGCAACAAAGAUUGAAAGUGACGGAACAUCGCUUCGCUUCUCAGAUAAAAUAUCUGUAAUAAAAGUUAAAAUGCAACUUCGAUUUGUCAUGUCAUACACUAAAUUCCGUCGGUGCGUCUCACGAAAGAGCAAGCGGGCAAUCAUGCCUGAAGAACUUCCCACGUUCUUAUCGUAA